GAACAUUAUCCCGCUUGGUCUGCGGAUCGUCAAAUACCGAUGUCAACCGAGGAAAUUGAAGACAUUUUUCUUGACCUCACUCAGAAGUUUGGUUUUCAGAGAGAUUCAAUGAGGAAUAUGUUCGACUUCACGAUGCAUCUUCUUGAUUCUCGCGCAUCCCGUAUGAGCCCAAAUCAGGCUCUCAUCACUCUUCAUGCAGACUACAUUGGCGGACAACAUGCCAACUACCGCAAGUGGUACUUUGCUGCUCAGCUCAACCUCGAUGAUGCCGUCGGUCAAUCACAGAAUCCCGGUCUUCAACGUCUCAAGAGCGUCAAGGGCGGCGGAAAGCCUGCAGGCGCAAAGUCACUUGACAGUGCACUCAACCGCUGGCGAAAUGCCAUGAACAACAUGAGCCAGUAUGACCGUCUCCGUCAAAUAGCCCUGUAUCUCUUGUGCUGGGGAGAGGGGGGCAACGUUCGAUUCGUCCCGGAGACUCUGUGCUUCAUUUUCAAAUGCGCGGACGACUAUUACCGUAGUCCAGAGUGUCAAAACAGGGUCGAGCCAGUACCUGAGGGGCUUUACCUCAACACCGUCAUCAAACCUCUUUACCGCUUCAUGCGAGACCAGGGUUAUGAAGUCGUUGAUGGAAAGUUUGUGAGGAAGGAGAAGGAUCACGCAGAUAUCAUUGGCUAUGAUGAUGUCAACCAACUGUUCUGGUAUCCGGAAGGUCUCGCCAAGAUUGUUCUCUCGGAUAAUACCCGUCUUGUUGAUGUUCCACCUUCUCAACGCUUUAUGAAGUUUAGCAAGAUAGAGUGGAACCGUGUCUUUUUCAAGACCUAUUUCGAGAAGCGCUCUACAGCCCAUCUAUUGGUCAACUUCAAUCGUAUCUGGAUCCUACACGUCUCCGUUUUCUACUUUUACACAGCUUUCAACUCUCCGAAAGUCUACGCCCCUCGAACGAAAGCCACUCCUUCAGCUCCGAUGACUUGGUCUGCCGUUGCUCUUGGAGGCGCCGUGUCCACUAUCAUCAUGCUCCUUGCAACCAUCGCCGAAUUCUCAUACAUUCCUACCACUUGGAAUAAUGCCUCACAUUUGACUACACGUUUCAUUUUCCUCCUGGUCAUUCUUGCACUAACGGCGGGACCGACCUUUUACAUUGCUAUGGUGGACGAUCGACCCGCUCAGACUCAAAUUCCUCUCAUCAUCGGCAUCGUACAAUUCUUCAUCUCUGUCGUGGUCACCAUUGCAUUUGGACUCAUUCCUUCUGGACGGAUGUUUGGUGACCGCGUAGCAGGCAAGUCCCGCAAAUAUAUGGCCUCCCAAACUUUCACGGCAUCCUAUCCUGCUUUGGCACGCAGUGCCCGCAGUGCCUCCAUCUCUCUCUGGCUUCUCAUUUUUGGGUGCAAGUUUGCCGAAUCCUACUUCUUCUUGACGUCUUCGUUCAGUAGCCCCAUUGCCGUCAUGGCAAGGACGAAAGUUCAAGGUUGCAACGAUAAACUAUUCGGAAAUGCCCUGUGCACAAACCAAGUGCCAUUCACCCUUGCGAUCAUGUAUGUGAUGGAUCUAGUGCUCUUCUUCCUGGAUACAUAUUUGUGGUACAUCAUAUGGAUUGUCAUCUUCAGCAUCGGACGCUCGUUCUCACUCGGCUUGUCCAUCUGGACGCCUUGGAAGGACAUUUUCACCAGACUGCCAAAGAGAAUUUACGCAAAAUUGUUGGCGACGGCGGAGAUGGAGGUUAAAUACAAGCCCAAAGUGUUGGUUUCCCAGAUCUGGAAUGCCGUCAUCAUUUCCAUGUAUCGCGAGCAUUUACUCUCUAUUGAUCAUGUCCAGCGCCUCCUCUAUCAUCAAGUGGAUGGUGCUGAUGGCCGCCGAACCCUACGUGCUCCUCCCUUCUUCACCAAUCAGAAUGGUUUCAAGGGCAAUUUCUUCCCACCGGGUGGCGAAGCUGAACGCCGUAUUUCCUUCUUUGCGUCCUCGUUGACCACCGCCCUUCCUGAGCCCUUGCCCGUCGACGCCAUGCCCACUUUCACGGUUCUCGUGCCACAUUAUUCGGAAAAGAUUUUGUUGAGUCUUCGCGAAAUCAUUAGGGAGGAGGACCAAAAUACCCGCGUUACACUGUUGGAGUAUUUGAAACAGCUGCACCCUGUCGAGUGGGACAAUUUUGUCAAAGAUACCAAGAUACUUGCAGAGGAAGGUGCUGACAGCACGACAAGCCAGGCAAAUGAGAAGACUUCCAAGACCGACGAUCUUCCGUUCUACUGCAUCGGUUUCAAGACUUCCUCCCCUGAAUACACUCUUCGCACGCGCAUUUGGGCGUCUUUGCGCGCUCAGACCUUGUAUCGCACAGUCUCCGGUAUGAUGAACUACUCCAAAGCGAUUAAAUUGCUCUACAGAGUUGAGAAUCCGGACAUCGUGCACAAUUUUGGCGGGAACACUGAGCGGCUUGAGCGCGAACUUGAGCGCAUGGCACGACGUAAAUUCAAGUUUGCCAUUUCUAUGCAACGGUUCUCCAAAUUCAACAAGGAGGAACAAGAGAAUGCCGAAUUCCUAUUGAGGGCGUACCCCGAUCUGCAGAUUGCUUACCUCGAUGAAGAGCCAGGUCCCAAGGGGGGUGAAUCAAAACUUUUCUCUGCGCUGAUUGAUGGACACUCGGAAAUUGACGAGAAAACUGGCAAGCGAAAGCCUAAAUUCCGUGUUGAGCUUCCUGGAAAUCCAAUUCUUGGAGAUGGCAAGUCUGACAACCAGAACCAUGCGAUGAUCUUUUAUCGUGGAGAAUAUUUGCAACUUAUCGAUGCUAAUCAAGAUAACUAUUUGGAAGAAUGUUUGAAGAUUCGCAAUAUCCUUGGAGAGUUUGAAGAAUUAUCCAUCUCGAGUCAGAGUCCGUAUGCUCAGUGGGGUCACAAAGAGUUUUCCAAAUCCCCUGUUGCCAUCGUUGGUACCCGCGAGUACAUCUUCUCGGAAAAUAUCGGUGUUCUUGGAGAUAUCGCUGCCGGCAAGGAACAAACAUUCGGUACACUGACAGCGCGUGCCCUGGCUUGGAUUGGUGGCAAGCUGCAUUAUGGCCAUCCAGAUUUCCUCAACGCUACUUUCAUGAAUACUCGUGGGGGUGUGUCCAAGGCGCAAAAGGGGUUGCAUUUGAACGAGGAUAUUUUUGCGGGUAUGAACGCAUUUGGACGUGGAGGUCGAAUCAAGCAUUCGGAGUAUUAUCAAUGCGGCAAAGGUCGCGAUCUUGGGUUUGGGACGAUCCUGAAUUUUCAGACCAAGAUUGGGACUGGAAUGGGAGAGCAGAUGCUAAGCCGAGAGUAUUAUUACCUCGGCACUCAACUACCUAUCGACCGCUUCCUCACGUUUUACUAUGGUCAUCCUGGAUUCCACAUCAACAAUAUUCUUGUUAUCAAGUCCAUCCAGAUUUUCAUGGUAACCUUGCUUUUCAUCGGAACACUCAACAAGCAGCUGGCUAUCUGUCGAGUAGAUUCUCAAGGCAACGUGAUCGGUGGGCAACCUGGGUGCUAUAAUCUCAUUCCUGUGUUCGAUUGGAUCAGGCGUUGCAUCGUCUCUAUAUUUUUGGUUUUCGGCAUUGCGUUCUUGCCGCUGUUCUUGCAAGAACUUGUAGAACGUGGUACCGGCAAAGCCCUGCUUCGAUUAGGCAAACAUUUCUUAUCCCUGUCGCCCAUAUUCGAAGUGUUUUCGACUCAAAUCUACUCGAAUUCUAUCCUAAGCAAUCUUAGCUUUGGUGGUGCCCGAUAUAUUGCGACAGGGCGUGGCUUUGCCACCACUCGUAUUUCGUUCAGCAUUCUCUAUUCCCGCUUUGCUGGACCAAGCAUCUACAUGGGCAUGAGAAAUCUGCUUAUUUUGCUUUACGCCACAAUGUCAAUCUGGAUACCCCAUCUGAUUUACUUCUGGCUUUCGGUCUUGUCUCUAUGCAUUGCCCCCUUUUUGUUCAACCCCCAUCAAUUUUCAUAUGCCGACUUCAUAAUCGACUAUCGCGAGUUCCUUCGGUGGAUGUCGCGUGGCAACUCUCGGACGAAAGCAAGCAGCUGGUACGGGUAUUGCCGUUUGUCGCGUACUAUGAUCACGGGCUACAAGAAGAAAAAGUUGGGACACCCUUCAGAGAAACUCUCUGGUGAUGUUCCUCGAGCAAGCUGGAGAUCGGUCAUUUUUGUAGAAGUCCUGUGGCCCAUCUGUAGCUCCAUCAUUUUCGUGGUGGCGUAUAUGUUUGUUAAAUCGUUCCCGGACAAAGACGGAAACCAACAUCCCAGUCCCCUCAUUCGAAUCGCCGUGAUCGCCAUCGGACCUGUCGUGUGGAACGCUGCAAUUCUCAUCUCCUUUUUUUUCAUCUCCCUGUUCCUGGGGCCUAUGAUGGAAUCUUGGGCAAAGUUCGGGUCAGUUAUGGCCACUGUUGCUCACACCCUUUGCCUAUUUGGAUUGGUAGCGUUUUUCGAGUUCUUUUGGUUCCUCGAGCUCUGGGACGCCUCGCACGCCGUCCUGGGUGUAAUAGCGAUCAUUGCCGUCCAGCGUACUGUCCAAAAGAUCCUUAUCGCUGUCUUUUUGACCCGUGAGUUCAAACACGACGAAACGAAUCGUGCAUGGUGGACUGGCAAAUGGUAUGGUCGGGGAUUGGGUAACUCCGCCAUGUCACAACCUGCACGAGAGUUCAUUGUUAAAAUCGUCGAGAUGUCGCUCUGGGGUUCAGAUUUCCUACUUGGCCAUGUCCUGCUGCUCAUCUUGACACCGCCCAUCCUGAUACCGUAUGCAAAUAGCUUGCACUCAACCAUGCUGUUCUGGCUCCGACCUUCCAAACAAAUACGAGCUCCACUCUUUUCCACGAAACAAAAGAGACAACGAAGAUGGAUCGUCAUGAAAUAUACCAUUGUUUACGUUGUCGUGAUCGCCUUCCUCGCGGCGCUGAUCGUUUUGCCCGCUCUAAUGCGGGAUCGAAUCACGUUUGAUUGUUCCAUCUGCAGGAAUAUAUAACAAUUUAACGCCUAUCCACCCACUCGCAUCACGGUGACUUAUCAAUAAAUCCUCCCCAGGCCCAACGGUUAGGACGGUGAUGUCUGUACAUACCACCCAUAACACUCCUUCGUCCCAUGUAUCAUAAUCAGCAUUAGAUAUCAGCCUGUUGCCCGGCGUACAUAAUCAGGAUAGAAUACCCACCCGUACCAGCAGGAUUCCUUCAUACCCUAGGCAAUGCUUUGAUUUAUUUAGGAUCGACAAAUGUAAUUCCCUCAAAAUUC